GCUGCUGCUGCUGCUGCUACCGCCGGAUUGCUGCAACGUUCCACCCGCUGCCGCUGCUGCUUUGCUGCUGUUGUGCAAAGGCGAGCAAGGCCCGGGCCUUUUGUCCGCCUCCCUUCUUCUCCUCCUCCUUCUCGCUCUCUCGCUCGCCUGCCUGCCUGCCUGCCUCCAUUGCCUCUCUCUCACGUGUCCCGGGCUCCCAGCUGGGAGGCGAGGAACCACAGGCUCGCUCUUUCCUCCUCACAUGACCCGAGUGUUUGUCCCCGUGAUCAGCGCCUCGGCUCCCGUGUCUGCGCCGCGUCCCUUCUUCUCCCCUUGCCUCCACCCGGCGUGAGGGGGGAAAGGAGAGAGAGAGAGAGAGAGAGAGAGCAGGGGAGCCGGGCCGGGCGCCUCUUUCCCCCCCUCCUCUCCUCUCCUCCCUCUCCCCUUCCCUCUCCCCUCCCCCCUCCCCCCCUUUCCCCCCUCCAUGGACAUGCUCGAUCCCGGCCUGGACACAGCCAACGCCGCCGCCGCCAACGCCGCCGCUGCCAGCCACGAGAAAGGACAAGAAAGUGAAGAGGGAGUCGAGCUGCAGGAAGGGGAUGGCACGAAUGCAGACGAACAGACGGCCGUGGCCAUCGCUAGCGUCCAGCAAGCGGCCUUCUCAGACCAUAAUAUCCAGUAUCAGUUUCGCACAGAGAACAAUGGAGGACAGGUGACAUACAGAGUAGUUCAGGUGACAGACAGUCAGCUGGAUGGACAAACAGAUGCAACGGGGGCAGUUAGUGUGGUCUCAACUGCAGCGUUUACAAGUGGCCAGCAAGCUGUUGCUCAGGCUGUGAUCCAGAACCCCUUCAGCAAUGGCGGGAGCCCAGCCGCAGACACCGUCAGCGGGGAGGCACGGUUUGCGUAUUUCCCUGCUUCCACGGUGGGAGACGCCACUGCAGUGUCGGUGCAGACGACAGAUCAGUCGCUGACACAGGCUGGAGUUAAUGAAGGCCUCUCCUGGACCCAAAAUGGCCCAGGAAUACCCCCAGAACAUGGGCAAUUCUAUGUAAUGAUGACGCCACAGGAUGUGUUGCAGACAGGAACGCAACGAACCAUCGCUCCUCGUACCCACCCCUAUUCCCCGAAAAUGGAUGGGACACGGACGCCACGGGAUGAAAGGCGAAGAGCUCAGCACAAUGAAGUUGAACGGAGGAGGCGGGACAAGAUCAACAACUGGAUCGUCCAACUAUCAAAAAUCAUUCCAGAUUGCAAUACAGAUAAUACGAAGACGGGAGCGAGCAAAGGAGGCAUCCUAUCCAAAGCCUGUGAUUACAUCCGUGAGCUGCGCCAGACGAAUCAGCGCAUGCAAGAAACCUUCAAAGAAGCUGAGAGGCUGCAGAUGGACAACGACUUGUUACAGCAGCAGAUUGAGGAGCUGAAGAAUGAAAACGCCCUUUUGAGAGCACAGUUGCAGCAACACGGAAUCGAGAUCGUGGGGGACACCCCGGGGCAGUAGCCCCCACCUCCACCCCCCAGUUUUUUUUUUUGCCAUUGCCUCUUCAUAUGGGAUUUCCCCCUGCGGUUCUCCUGCUCCUUUUUGUAUAAAAGACCCCCCCCCUCCCACAAUGAACCUUGUCUCACAUGGGGGUCAAAUAAAGGGGAGGGGGACAUUUGGGGGUGGUGCGGGGAGCCAGAUCACACGGACUGUUUGGCCCCAGUCCUUGCAACUGCUCCCAAAACCCCUCUUGCCUUCCUGCCCCAAAUACUCUUUCCUGUUCCCCCUUGCUGCCUCCCUCCUUUCCUUAGGAUAUAUUAAGGUUAAACAGACAAAAAUCUGCAUUUUUAUAGUAGAUUUUUAACACAGGCUAGCCAACUUUUUCUGCCCCUCUCCGCCCUAAUCAUGAGGGCCAGGGAAUAUUUCCCACUUUAGCUCUUCCAAUCUGUCGGAUCUCGUUUUCUCUCCAUUCCGAGACUUGUGCAGUUUCGAGUCUUGCUCCCGAGCGUCAGACGGACUGAUCCAUUUUGGUUAUGGCCAUGAACUGGGCAGGGGAAGGGGCUUGGUAACUCAGGUUUGGCUACCGAACUAGUGCUUUUGGCUUUCCUCUCUGCCUGUGUCCCCUCAGCUGUGAAGAUAUUCUCAGAAGAUCUGGAUUGCAGUCUGCAAGGCUUAAAUCGUCUUGCUUUAAGGUGCCCUGAAAGGAGUGUGCUUUCUGCAUUGGAAUACAUGGUGUGCUUUAACUUGCACAUCCCAUGUGCCGAUGCGCGGGUUGCAUUCAUUUUCAGCACUGACAGACUUCUGCAAUAGUUAGUUGGGGCUUAAUUUUGAUUUGCGUCAACAAGGCUUCUUGCUGACGUCUAUUUUGUGUGACAAACGUGGAAGAUUGGCACUCCAUUUUUGCCUCCUAGCUGUGUCUGUCCUUUCUCUCUUUCCACAUCAGAAUUUGUGUGUGUUUUUUUUUAAAGGCACAGUGGAAAAUAAUCCCAAAGCCUAUUUCAGCCUCAUCCCUCCUUCCCUUUCUUUCUCUCCUUGUAAGUAUUCUUUUAUUUUAUUAGUUUCGAGGUGCGUUUGUAUAGAGGUACGGUGUUUGUAUGAUAGUGGAAACCCAGGCCAUUAGGAAAAAAAAAAUUAGUGGUGGAUUGAAUUGACAACAGGGUUGCUUUUUGUGUGUUUUUUGAUAUUAUGUAAUUUUUUAAUUAAACUCCAGCAGUGUUUUAGGAUUUCAGGUCGAAACGAAAGAAUCAGGAGAUGCAUUUUUAAAAAGUCGUAGUCUCCAAUAUUUUGUGUUCCCCCCCCUCCCCUCCCCACCCCACACUUCCAAGAAAAGAAAAAUAAGAGAAAUUGUUGCUAAAAUGAUAAAUAAUUUUAUUGUAAUAGCAAGUACCUUAGGUUUGUUUUUUUUUAAAAAAGGAAAUAUCUAUAUAUACCAGACCCCAACAAAAAUAAUAAUAAUAAUCCAGAAUUGCAGCUGGAUUUGUAGCAAUUCUUUGUACUAUUCAGUCCUGCUCCAAGCCUUUUGAAUGUAAGGAGGAGGAGGAGGGAAGAGGUUUAAAUCAAGGGAAAAAAGCAAAUGGUAUAUAUAAAUAUAUAUAUAAAAGAAGAUUAAUGAA